CUGCCGUCCACCAUCUCCCCAAUCGCACAACAAUUUUCCCCCUGCGCCAUCUCCGCCGGCGUCGGCGCCUCCGCAUCCAUCUCCAGUGACGUUGACGUUGAUAGAGCACACCGGCACCAUUGCCGGCGGAAAUCAGGAAUUUCACGGCGAGGCAAAAUACAAUCCGAUCAGCAGCGGACCAGAUCCCACUUGGUAUCACCGCCUCGUUCGUGGUCGCCAUGGCCACAUACCUCCCACGAAGCCAGCGUCCUCGCCACCAACAUCGACCAUGUCAUCCACCGCCGCCCCUGCCUUCUCACCUGCAGCAUCGACCGCAGGCUCAACAUCGGGUAUGAAGCAGACGACAACGCCUGCAACAAUCGAUUGAUGUUUAAGUCCGGCAGUGAGCCUAGCGCGUGGCAUUUCAUCGUCGCAGUCUACUUCGCCUUGGGGUUCAUGGCUGGGAGGUUUAUCCUAGAUAGAUGCGUCUUCCAUUUCCUCGAAAUUUUCGGUUGCUGGAGAAACUCGAAAAAGGAGAGAAGUGAAUUGAGGCUGGAACCGUAAGCUAUGGUAUGGAUAAUAGGGAUGAUAUCUACAUAUAAUCCUGGACUAGAACAAUCAUAGGCCAACACAAUGUGAAUCACUUGGAUGUUGUCCAUGAGUCGAUCAACACGGUGAUUUCAACAGCCUUGAAGAAAAGCAAGCCGAUUUACAUAAGCAUUACCAGUGAUCCAUCACCUAACUUUCUCCAGGGCACCGUUGGCAUCAAGCGCGUUACCAAGCGGGCCCCACUGUGUUGUCUGGUCGAUCGAGGACACGUUCAACCUGGAGAACAGAAUCAAGUCGAGCACCUGGAAGGUGGUUCUCUAGCAUGGAAACUCUAAUUUGGGACUAUGGGUCUUUCUUUGAAAAUUAUACAAGUUGUAUGGACUUAUCUGCAAUUUGGAGAAUUUUACUUAUAUUGCAAUUUAGUUCAUGGGUCAAAUAUGUAAUUUCUCAAAAAAAUUAAUAAAUGCAUUAUAUUGAUAAGUUAA